UUUCCCUCAGACUCUAAAACGCUGAAGAUUGAAACAUGGCAGUAGUAUCAACUGAAGCACAGCAGAAUGUGGUUUCCAGGGUUGCAAACCUUCCUCUGGUGAGUUCCACCUAUGACAUGGUCUCUUCUGCUUACAUCAACACAAAAGAUAACCAUCCCUACCUAAAAUCAGUAUGUGAGAUAGCAGAGAAAGGAGUGAAGACCAUCACUGCCAUGGCUGUGACUAGUGCUUUGCCUAUCAUCCAGAGAUUGGAGCCACAAAUUGCAGUAGCCAACAGCUAUGCUUGUAUAGGACUGGACAAAGUUGAAGAGAGACUGCCUAUACUGUAUCAACCAACUGACAAGGUAGUUGCGAAUGCAGUGGAUGUAGUUGUUGGUGCUAAGGAUGCUGUAACAACCACUGUGACAGGUGCCAAGGAUACUGUUGCACACACCAUUAAUGGUGUUGUGGACAAGACUAAAGGAGCUGUGCAGGACAGUGUAGAGAUGACCAGGUCUGUAGUACAUGGCAGCAUUAACACUGUCCUGGGAAGUCGGGUGGUGCGCCUGGUGACUACUGGUGUGGAUACGGCCCUCAGUCGAUCAGAAACUCUUGUAGACCAGUAUCUCCCACUUACAGAAGAAGAGCAAGAAAAAGAAGCUACCAAAGUGGAAGGAUUUGAUGUUGGAGUUCAGAAGCCAAGUUACUAUGUUAGACUAGGGUCUUUGUCUUCAAAGUUUCGAUCACGUGCCUACCAGCAGGCCUUAAACACAGUUAGAGAUGCGAAGAUCAGAAGCCAAGAGACUAUUUCUCAGCUCAAUUACACUGUAAAUCUGAUUGAAUAUGCCAGAAAUAAUGUGAAUAGUGCCAACCAAAAACUCCAAGAUGCCCAACAGAAACUAUAUAAUUCCUGGGUAGAAUGGAGGAAAAAUAUUGGCCAAACUGAUAAUGAUGGUGAUGAUGACUUGCAGAGUGCUGAGAAUAUUGAAUCGCGUACCUUAGCAAUUGCACGGAAUCUGACUCAGCAGCUUCAAACCACCUGUCUCACCCUGGUCUCAAGUAUACAGGGCUUGCCACAGAACAUCCAAGAUCAGGUCCACCAUGUUGGGGCACUAGCUGGAGAGGUCUAUAGAAGCUUCUGGUCAGCAUCUUCCUUUCGAGAAGUGUCUGACAACAUUAUUACCACCAGUAAAGGGCAGUUGAAGAAAAUGAAGGAGUCCUUGGAUGAUGUGAUGGAUUAUCUUGUAAACAACACGCCACUCAACUGGCUGGUAGGUCCCUUUUACCCGCAGUUGGCCAGCUCUCAGAACGCUGAGCACAAAAGUUACGAGGAGCAAAAGACCAGCCAGAAGGACAAACAGCCUGAACACAACACAGAAUAAAUUGUGGCAUGGCAAAUGUGUACUCUGUAGCCCAACUAACAAGGUGAUUUAUCUCCUGUAGCAGUAAUGUAACCUGCUGGAGAUA